UGCACGUUCGUUUGUUCAGGGCCUGGUGACUGCGGGCGAAGCCGUACGCAGAGUAUCCCAGGUGCCAAUGAGCCAGGAGUGCAUGCGAGCCAUAAUGAAGAUGACUUACUGUCCCCACUGCCGUGGGAUGCCGUCUGCUAGACCUUGUCUGAACUACUGCACCAACGUCAUGAAGGGCUGUCUGGCCAACCAGGCUGACCUCGACACAGAGUGGAGGCACCUAGCAGAUACAAUGAUCCAGGUGGCUGACCGUUUAGAUGACCCUGCUGGUGUGGAAAGUGUGAUCCUCUCCCUUCCCAGUUACAUAUCAGAAGCUAUGAAUACCAUGAUGGAGAAUAUAGCCAGCAUCAACAGCAAGCUUUUCCAGACAUGUGGCAAACCCAAGGAAGCAGGAACCACCAGCACAGAUGAUGAAAUCAUGAAGCGAGGGACGUUUACAGUGGAGGACAGGUUGGAAGCCAGCUCUGACAAAAUCGAAAAAUUGGUGUCUGAUGUAAGAAUAAUACUGGGGGACAAUAGGCCAUACUGGACUUCUCUCCCAAAUCUCAUCUGCAGUGACAGAGUGGCCACUGGAUUAGGGUCCGAAGACAAGUGUUGGAAUGGCAACAACCGUGCCAGGUACCUUCCUGAGUUAAUGAAUGACGGCUUAGCCAGUCAGAUCAACAACCCUGAAGUGGAAAUUGACAUCACCAAACCAGACAUGACAAUACGCCAACAAAUAAUGCAGCUGAAGAUUAUGACUCACCGCCUGAAGAAUGCUCUAAAUGGCCAGGAUGUGGAAUUUCAGGACACCAGUGAUGACGCCAGCGGCUCAGGAAGCGGGUGCGCGGAUGACAUGUGUUCCCGGGAUACACACCUUGUUCUCCCCAUCACUGACCGACCUGUGGCCAUUCCCUACCCUCCAGAAAACGAGAGGGUGAAAGGCUCAGCCAUGCAGAACCUUCCCUCCAUCAGCAUUUACCUGCUUACACUGCUCAUUUUGCUGCUCCGGCGAUAAUUGACGAGGUGGAAUCUGCCAACUGGGACUGAGACUGGGGCACCGGGGGUUGGGGAGAGUUGAAAAGGGGAGGGAGGAGAAGUUGGGGGUUAGUUAGCUUGCCAAAACUAAAGAAAUCUAAAGAAACAACAACAAUAAAUCACAUGGAUGGACUUCCUUUUGGUGUUGGAUUGGAGCAAAAUGGAAAUAUGAGUACUCAUAAACGUUUUUGUUUUUUUUGUUCUGCUCUCAUCUUUUAUUCUUCCUAUACUAUGACACCUUUAGAGCUGGUCUUUUUUUUUUCUUUUUUUUUUGCAUCUUCUAAUGUUUUGUUUUUGGUGUUUGGUUUUCUCUGAGGUUAUAUCUGCUCCUAAAGCGUGUGCGAGACUGUAUUGCUAACAGUAUGUUGGUGUUGACACCAUAGGGAGAGGGAGAGUCGAGCUUUUUGCAGUGGCACCCAGAUACUACGUGUCGGUAUUCCACUUGUGACCGUGGGAAUUGUUUAUUUAUGAUUAUAUUUGUCCCAAAAUGAUUUAAUCACAUUUAGAUAUUUAUAGGAAAAAGAAAAAAAUAUCUGCUGACUUUAAAAGGAGAAUUAUCUGGACAGCAUGACCCAUCAAACCUCUUAAUGCAUUAAGCCUCACAGUAUCAUUACUUGUAUGCACUCGCUCACACAGUGAGGUUGAGAGCACUUAGCGUCAGCACUUUUGCCAUUUCAUCAUGUAAUCUGUAAUAAUAGCCGUGAUCACAGUCACACUGGCACGAUCGCCCGGUGUAGGAGUAACACGGUCUGUCCUCUACUCCAUCCAUCCACUUAUUCCUACACUCCCCAUCCCACCCUCCUCCCCGGCCCCACCGAGAUUGUCUCCCUCCCUCCCUCUCUCCAGAACCUGCUGGCAGUGUAGCAUCAACUCAACAUUCUGGUUUAAGCAAAGCACGUGCUCGGCUGGGACAGGUCUCAGAUGGAAGCAGCUUUUCGCUAUAGAGUGUGCUACGUGGAAAGGAGGUGUCGCGUUAAGAUGACCCCUGUGACAAAGGAUUGAAUGAAAUGAUCUUGGAGUCUUGUAGCACAGCAGAAAUGCACACAAAAGCAGAGGCUCCGCUGUCCUGCUGCACUUCUUUUAGUAUUCCUUUUACAUUCACAGGAGAGCAAAAAUAUAAUAUGCAUAAAAUUUUGUGGGUUCCCCGCAAUGGCCCAGUGUUCCUGUGAUUAGCAUCAUAAUUUCAGUAUCAUCGAUUUUUUUUUUUCAUGACUGAUUGCCGCAGUGAUCCAUAUAACAGUAAAAGCCACACCGUGCACGUCUAUAUUUUUGAUUGCUUCUUUGCCAUUUUGUAGAAGGGGGAAAUAAAAAAUUAAAAAAACAUGCUUUUAGUUCCCAAAAUUUGACAAAAGCAAGAUCGUUGUGUGCUCUUACUGCUUAUUUUUUCAUCAUCUGUCAGUAUCCAUGUCCGCCUUUCAUUAUCUGAAACAUUUCUAUAUCGGUGCCUAUUUUUUGCCAACCUCCUCUGCCCUUUUCCCCACUCAUCAGUUAUAAUGACCUUUAAAGCGUUCCUCGUGCUUCUGCGUUGUAGCAAGGCAAUAUGACAAUGACACAGUGCUUCAUUAUGUGUCAACCUUACUGGGAAUGUUAUGGGAACACAUUUUAAGGCUUUCUCCCCCCGCCCGAUUUGAUGCUUGCUAGGGAGAAAACAUGUACCACAAUUUAGUUCAAAGCAAUGCCAGCGUUCUCAUUCAGGAGUGCUGCGUGCAGGAUGAUGGGACGAUGCCCGCGUAUGUGUUUCGUUUGCGUGUGAAUGCGUGUACUUGUCUUUGAUUGAAAGCGCAGAAGAGGGAUUGACGAUAGCGCCUCUUUGAAUCGACAGUAGUUCGGAUGACACAGAAAUGAGAUGAACUAAAAUGUACUGCACUAACACGGUGUGACAGAGUGCUAUUAAACUGACAGUAACAGGAGCUUAAUACAACUCGUUUUUCAGAAAUUGCAUUUUCAAAACUUUCACUGUAAUAAAUGAUCAUAUGUAUUGAUGGAAUCUUAUUUCAUGGAACAGCGAGACAGGAUGCAGAGGAGUCAAGUGGACAUGAUUUUUAAAGUACGUCAUUACUUCACCUGUGCAUUGGGACAAUCCUCUAUAUAAUUCAUGUUGUGAAAAAUCAUUUACAGUACAUGCACUCCCUGCUGAUAAUACUCCGAAUGCUUUAGGAUAGCGUGGGGUGCUGUCAGAGUUUUAGAAGUACAUCUGAUAUAUACUUGGUUAGUUUCUGCUCUGAAAAGGGGUUGUUGUUGUUGUUGCCCUAUGUGUGACAUGACAGGUUAUUUUAAUGGUAACUUCUUUUUUGAUAUGCUCUAUUAAUGAACGAUUUGUUGCUGUGUGAAUAUGUGUGUGCGUGUGUGUCUGUCUGUCUUUCUGUUAGUCCCUGGUUAAGAAAUCUGCCUGUGACUGCCUUUGAUACUUUGAGAUCAGUUUUAAGAUUUAAACAGAGAGAUGCUAUGAUGCAAGAUGUUGGUGGUGAGGAGAAAAACAACAACUUCAAAAGUACCGUUUAGCAAGCACGCCACAUAGGUCCUCUUUUUAAGACUCUCUAGAAAAGAUCUGAAUAUGAAUGUGAAGGUGCGCAUGCAGCCCUGUAAUAAUAAAAGGAAGUACUUCAACUGUGAUGGUGACAUUCCAGUUCAAAGAUGAUUUACAACUUUAGGCUCACAUCUCCAGUUUCAAUGACAGCCUCACAAUGUCAUUAGCUGAAAUUUGCACAACCCCUCCCCAUGCCCACUCCUUCUUGACCUUUUGAUCUCAUUAAUUUGUUGUUCAAAGCCCCACGCUCCCCUCCCCUUUUAUAAAAACCUGCACUUUUAUGAGGCCAAUAAAUGGCAUUGUCUGCACAAAGACAUCACAAGAUGGUUGAUCAAUAUGUGAGUCGACACCUUCCAGAAACAACUAUCGAUUGGGGGGUUGUGUGUACGUAGAUAUGGCCCGGCAAGAUGUCUCCUGUCUGAGUAUGGUGAAACAGUGUAAACAUUAAGCCCCCGAGUGUGAGAGGAAGGAGAACAGAUUGUCAAGGGCACUGAUCUCAAAUCAGUGUGUAUGCCUCAAUCCUGCCUUCGUUCAUCACUGUAGGUGGCAAUAAUGCAAAGCUGAUUAUCCAGCCGUUAAAAAAAAAAAGAGAAGAAAAACGAAACAGAUUUACUCCACACUGAGCUGAGACUUGGAGGCACAUCUGAAGGGUGCCAGUUUAUGAGGACAAAAAUACUUUUAUUUUUCCUGUUUUACUUUCGUUUCAUUGUUAUCGACAGAGAGUUUGUUCUUGUGGUGAACACGGAAGCCAGAAAGAGGUUGAAAAAUAUCUAAAAUGUCUCAUUUGCUGUUGUACCUGAAAUCUUGUGUCAAUUAUAUACAUUGUAAGAUUUUCAA